AAAUUUCGUAGAUUUUUCAUUUUCAGUUAAUUCAAAUAAAAUAUAUUUUAUUUGCUUUUGCUGUCCAAAUUAAACAACAUUUUUAUCUGUUAGAGCAAUUUUUUAAUCAAUUAUUUACCAGAGAAAUAUUUUCAAAUGGAUAAACCACUGAAUAAGAAUAAUGAGUCGAGCAUUUCAACAACUGGUACAACUGGCUCCCCACAGUUUUCCGACACGCUGGAGAACAACGUGAAGUACAUGAAUUUAAAUUUCGUAGACAACUCGGAGUCCUCGAGUCAGGCAAAAGACCCAGGCAUUGAGUACCAAAAAUUGCCACAAACAUUUGAUGGUGGGGCACCAAAGACUACCAAACCACCGCCCAGCAAGAUACUACCAUCCAAUAUUCCUUUACCGGGUAAACAUGACAGCAAAAAGCCUAAAACAGUUUGCACGCUCAAGGAGAAGUCCCUCCUCGAAAUGGGUUUUAAAACAAAUGAGAUACAGGGCUGGGAAGAGAUUGUCCAGCCGCCCAAGGAAAAUCUCUAUAAAUUGCUACGCAAUAUGAUUGAUAAUCACAGAAAACCGAAUGUGCAGAUACGCAUCGGCGGCGUUACCUUCAAUUGCCACAUGAUGGUGCUGCAGUGUUAUUCGGAUUUCUUCAUGGAAUGCAACAAUGAGGUACUGAUACAAUUGCCAGAGGAAAAGAUAACACCCGGCGCUUUCAUGAUGGUCUACGACUGGAUGCUAGCCGAGGAGCCUUUGGUGCAGCGUGAGGGUAUAUUGGAGCUCUUCAAUGCAGCCAAUUUUCUACGCAUCAAAGACCUAGUGAACCAGUGUUGGCUCUGCUUGGACGAUGAUGUACGCUUCCGUGAAGACACUGCAUUCCUACUCUAUUUAGAGGCCCGCAACUAUGGACUUGAGAGCUUAGAGCAAUUGAUGCUAACAAGAAUUUGCAAAUUUUUCCUCACACUUGUCGCUUCGAAGGAAUUUAUGGAGUUGACUACCAAGGAGAUUUGUAUGUUAUUGAGCUCCAAUACGAUCGGCGUGAACUCGGAGAUUGAGAUUUUUAUGUCGGUUGUGCGCUGGCUUAACUACAAUUGGGAGGAACGUGAGCCCGAUAUGUUGCAAGUGGUCAAGUGUGUACGCUUCAGCUUGAUGCCGCCGUGGUUUCUUGUGACGUUGAAUAAGAAUAUCGAUUGCAUCGAAAUCGAUCGCAUUGCUAGCCAUCCGGAAGUGAAACGCAUGAUCAACGAUGGCAUAUCUUAUACAACGACUCAGCUAUAUUAUGGCGAAAAUCGUGAAGAAUUUCUACAUUUCUUGGAGCGUUAUCAGCUGGUUGCACCGGUUCAACGUCAAUGGGUUUUCGACAAGGAAUGCAGCUACCAUCAUCGCCUCGAAUGCCCCAAUAUGCAGUAUGUGACGUACAAAUCUUUUCUAGAAUAUCUCGAAAUGAUACACACCAUCGGCAAAGACUACUGGCGUUCGCUCGAAAUGGCGAAAGGGGUGGAGAAGUCGAUGCAGUGUUGCGUACGCUCCGAGUGUCGAAAAUUGAACAAAGUGAACGAACAAAAUUUAGGAUCCGUAUUUACGAUGCAAUGUCGCGAUCAGGGUAUUCAAGUAGAGACCAGUUUGAGGCAGCGAAAGCCGCUUGCCAGAGAUCAACGGUAUCAUGGUGAACAAAAGAUGGACAUGGUAAACACUUCGAGUCUUAAAAAUCUAAGCAGAAUGUCUACCACUCAUGUGCUGCCCUCUACAGCGUCCAGUUGUCACCAGCUCGCCUACAGAGCACAGCAUGAACAGCAAUAUCAUCACCACAGGCACAAUCGACAUCAACAACCACAAUGCUAUGAACCUUUCCAAGAACAAAACCUACAGCAAUCAAACUGCAACUACCACUACAACAACAAAAACAAAAGCUUAGAAAACAUUGCAAUUCCGAGCGAGCUACAUGAAUUGAAAUGCGACGUACAUCAUCGAAUAUUGAAUGAUGAAUACGAACAAAAGAGUGAAGUACAUCACUGUGUCGAAGGUGGUCACACACAUCCUCGUAUUAGUGGUAUGCAUGUAGAUGUGGCUGCUGGUGGGAGUAGUGAUGGGCCUAAGACAAUGCUGCAGUCAAAACUCUGCCAUACAAAAGCCUCUCAAACGCCAUGUAACAAUAUUGGCGAAUCAAAGACGACGAUACCUCCUCCGCGCAAAGAAACUAACAAUGGAAUGUCUAUGGGAGAGGAUGUGAAACCACAUGUGACACCAAUAGUGCAAGUACCCAAGACUGUGUUGUCAACUGUAGAAGAAAUUGAGUUCAAAACCAUAAAAGGUCGCAAAAUACUAAUAUUCGGUGGCAUCGAUCCGUACUGCCAGCAUUGCCAGCAUGAUAAAAUGAUGGCAAUGCAACAACAACGCAAGAGAUCACAAAUUUUUGGUGGUAGUGAUGCCGAUAAUAUGGAGCCAAUGCCUUACCAUAACGGCAUAGGCGGCUGCAGUACUUGUGGCGGUGUAAAUACACAGAUCAAUCAGCUGGAUAAUUUGGGAGACCGUGUGCUCUACUACGAUGCCAGCACUAAGCAGUGGAAGCAUUUGUGUUACUUGCCAUUCGGUUCACGUCAUCAUCACGCUGCUGUGGUCUGUAACGGACUCAUCUACAUAAUAGGUGGCACGAAGACGGCGCUAGGUUGUACAAAGAAGUCGAUAUUUGAAAAAUCUGUUUGGAGCUUCGAUCCGCAGACUAUUAAAUGGACAUUUGAAUGUCAUUUGCCAGAAUUGCGACGUGACUUCGCCGCGAUUGUAAGCGAUGAGCUCUGUGGCGGCGAAUUUGCUUGUAAACGUUGCAGAGGCAUAAAGGAGCAGCCGAAGCAACGAAAUAGCAACUCUGCUAAUGGCUUCUUCAUCAUUGGAGGUGAAGGCAUUAAUGGGACGGCAUUGAGCACAGUUUGGUACUACAAUGUAUUGCACAAAACAUGGAAAAAGAAAGCGCCGUUGAAUGUAGGACGUUACGGUAUGAUGGCUGCCAUGGUAAAUAACGAGAUUUGGAUAGCUGGCGGCAUAAUCGAAACGAAAACGAGAGCAUCCGACAGCAGAGAUGGUUUUAUCGCUAGUACAACAACACCAGCGGAUAUAAAGGCUCUGGGUGGUGGCGAUGGCGAUGGAAUUGGUGGUGGCGUUAAUGGCGCGGCAAAGGGCGUCAAUGGCAAUGCUGACAGUUUUGCUGUCGAAGCAACAAAAAGUGCAGUCGUGGAUGUAAUCACCGAUUCGAUGGAGUAUUAUAGUUUGAAGUGUGCUUACGGCAGUAGCGGCAAUGACGAACACGCUACGGAUAUACGCUUGCCUAAAGUCAAUGAUGUAGAUGGUGAUGCGACUAUUGCUGCUGUGGGUGGUGAUGAUGGCGUAGGUGGUUGCACGCUGUCCACUACUAUGAAGGGAUGUGCUGCUGGCAUUGAUGGCACACGAUGGAUUAAAGCAAAUCAGCAUUUGCGUAUACCACGAUUAUUUGGAAAAUUCUGCAGACCUUCUGAGAAUGAACUGUAUCUCGUUGGCGGAAUCGGAUUUAAUUCAGAUAAUGUUUUAACUUCCUUGUCGUCAGUGGAUCAUUAUAACUUUGUUGAAGGCCAAUGGCAUCAUUAUGGUGAUAUUAAAUGGGCCAGACACGGUCACGAUAUCACCACCCUUAAUAAUCGAAUUGUAAUUAUUGGAGGCGUUUCUACUAUCAAAAAAUGUACACUGACUAAGGUGGAAUCAUUUUGCAUGAAAACACGCCGAAACUUUAAGGAUCUGCCAGAAUUACCAUGGCCUUUGUCUGGAAGUGCUGUACUCGCUUUGGAUUGAUUUGUUUUUAUGCUGCUGCUGAGACAUUUUUCUUUCAUAGAUUUUAUUUUUAUUGUUUUUGUUAUUUUACAUAAAUAUUCACACAGAGUUGUGGUCAACUAUUUGCAUUAAUACGAAUACGUACAAUGAG